AUGAUUUUCAAAAGGUUCGUUAAUUUGCUCGUGUUUUUAUUCCUACUUGGUGCCGGCUUAUUGACGUUUUUUCUUAUUCUGUCGGGAGGCAGAGAAUCUGGGACGCUGGAGAACUUCUAUUGGCUACAAGCCGAUACUGACGGGUUCAACAGCGCUCCAUCCACUACGAGAUGGUACAAUUAUAACUGGUGUGGCUAUGAAGAUGGCCAGCUAGCUAAUUGUUCCAGCAGGGCACCUGCCAAGCCUUUUUCUCCAAGAGAUAAUUUUGGCAACUCAGCCAACCUACCAUCAUCAUUUAGGAACAACCGGAAUACCUACUAUUACCUGUCCAGGGUUGGGUGGGCCAUGCUGCUGGUUGCCCUUUUUUUUAUUGUCUUGGCAUUGGUGCCCGGGUUUCUGGCUACGUUUCUUCCAUUCAAGGCGGUGCCAGUCUUGUACUGUGUGUUGUCCUGGUUGGCCUUUUUCUUCAUCAUAUUGGCCGCGUGCUUGUACACAGGCUGCUAUGUGAAGGCUAGAAAUACGUUCCAUGACAGUGGGAGGUCUGCCAAAUUAGGAGCCAAAAACUUUGCGUUCAUCUGGACUUCGGUGUUUUUGAUGCUCGUGAAUGCUGUUUGGUCUACUAUAUUCAGCGCAACCCAUAAGGGCCAUUCCUCUUACUCGGAUCAUGACAUGUAUGCCCAGUAUGAAAGCCCUUCCGUUGACACUGGUGCCCAAUUGGAGAAGUCCACCUACAACAGCGGAACAACAGAUGGCGCGGUACCGGUCACAGCAGCACCAGUGGUUGGACAGCCUCAGCCCACAACUACUACUACUCAAGCUGGCGAUGGCAGGUUCUUUCAAAAACUAAAAACAAGAAAGAAUGUGCCCUCUGGUGAACUGGGACCAGCUGGCGAUGGUGGUCUUUCCGGGCCAGUAACUGUACGCGAAUAG